UCGAUUUUGUUGUUAGUAUAUGUCUGAGCAAUCCUUCCUUCCACAAAAUAUACAACUGUCAGUAAAUUUCCUCUAAUUUCAGAUUGUGCACUUCAAAAUAAUACUGUAAAGGCUCAUAAUUUUAAUCAGUUAUUGAUUACACCUUGGGGACUUUCCACCAAUUCCACUUGAUGCUGCUUUUAAAAUGACUUUUAUGGAGUCUACUCGGGCGCUGAUCUUUACAUGGAAAUAACAGAAAAUUCCAAGAAAUGGAAGUCGCUGCUAGUAAAAGAAGAAAAGCUGAGUAUCAUCAGGGUUAAUAGCUCCUAUUUGAGAUCCAUGAAUGAUUACAGAGUUACUUUUCUAUAUCGAACUUUCAAGUUUCAUUAAUAAUAUGCUGCCUCUCUGGGACGCAGGUGUGCUCAUGGUACGAAGGCUAUUUAUUCAUCAUACAGAAUAGAAGAGCUAGAGGAACAAUGGCUUCAAAGGUCUCAUGCUUAUAUGUUUUGACAGUAGUUUGUUGGGCAAGCGCUCUUUGGUACUUAAGUAUAACUCGCCCUACUUCUUCCUACACUGGCCACAGACAGCUCAGUAGCAUAUCUAUAGCCAGAAAAAAUGUUUCCUUUGGCAACAUAAGAACUCGACCUAUAAAUCCACAUUCCUUUGACUUUCUUAUCAACGAACCCAACAAAUGUGAGAAGAGUGUCCCUUUCUUGGUCAUUCUUAUCAGCACAACUCACAAAGAGUUUGAUGCAAGGCAAGCCAUUCGAGAAACAUGGGGAGACGAAAACAACUUUAAAGGAAUUAAAAUCGCCACGCUAUUUCUUCUCGGAAAAAAUGCAGAUCCUGUGUUAAAUCAAAUGGUAGAGCAAGAAAGCCAAAUUUUUCAUGACAUUAUUGUGGAGGAUUUUAUCGACUCUUAUCAUAACCUCACUCUGAAAACGUUGAUGGGGAUGAGAUGGGUAGCAACGUUUUGUUCAAAAGCAAAGUACGUUAUGAAGACAGACAGUGAUAUUUUUGUAAACAUGGAUAAUCUUAUUUAUAAGCUGCUCAAACCUAACACCAAGCCAAGGAGAAGGUACUUCACAGGUUACGUUAUAAACGGAGGACCAAUAAGAGAUGUUCGCAGUAAGUGGUACAUGCCAAGAGAUUUGUAUCCCGACAGCAAUUAUCCACCCUUCUGUUCAGGCACCGGCUACAUAUUUUCAGCUGACGUAGCAGAACUGAUUUACAAAACCUCCCUUCAUACCAGACUUCUUCAUCUUGAAGACGUGUACGUUGGACUCUGUCUUCGGAAGCUGGGCAUUCACCCCUUCCAAAACAGUGGCUUCAAUCACUGGAAAAUGGCUUACAGCUUGUGCAGGUACCGCAGGGUGAUCACAGUGCACCAGAUAACACCGGAAGAAAUGCACAGAAUUUGGAAUGACAUGUCCAGCAAGAAACAUCUUAGAUGUUAAGAUUUUUACAGAUGUAAAUACCUUUUUUUUUUUAAUUUUGUUUAGCGUGGUUAUUUUUUGACAAAGCGAUCUGCUGAUUUACAGGUUAAACUGUGGGAUAUUAACUGUGAGAGGACUUUUAAUGACUGAUUUUUCAUUCUCAUUUUGACUACUGGUUUACAGAUUUCAGGCUCUUUUCAUAAGGACAUUACACCAACCGAAAGCAUCGAGUCAAACCUCAGAUUUUUUAUAUUAUCCUCUAUCACACAUAUCAGCUCCCGCAUCUGCGUGUAAAAGGACAGUAAUAAACUAUCAUGAGCUGCUUAACAGUUUAUGCCCCGGCCUCUGAGAUAAGACUCAGGCCCUAAGAAAUGAAGAAUUACAAAUAUACUUUUAUUCCUUUUUUGACACCCUACAACCAUCUUUAUUUAGAGCUUUGUUAAUAAAUUGAGCGGUACACAUUUGCACUGACCUUAUACACCUAUCUUGACAUGUAUAUUUUAUAGUACAAUGUGUGCAAUUCCCAAACAGCUUACUGUUAGUAUAACAGCAGAAUUUAGACAGGUAAGAACAUCAAAGUCUCAUAGGCCUUAGAAACAAACCCACACACUGAAGUAUAUUUUUAUCCACCAAAUGGUAUUCCUUUAAAUUAUUUCAGAAGAUAUGCCAUUUCUUUCCACUGCCUAAAGUAGCCCCUAAAAGAUCUAAUACAAUUUUAAAAUGAAGUAGAAUCUGUAGGUGAAAUAAGACAGGAGAUGUAUGAAAAAAAAUCUUAAAAAUACAUGAUAAAAGUAUGAAUAUCUUUUAAGUUCAAAGCAAGUGCAAUGUUUCUCAUUAGUAUCAGUAGGUCUCUUCAUUAAGCAUCUUGCAUAGCAAUAUAUAAUUAUAUUGAACAAUAAAAGUGUCAAUAAGCAGCGUAUUUCUUCAACAUCAGUCAGUGCGCUAUUUACCUAAAAUAAAGUAACACAAAAGCAGCUUUUUGGGUAAGCUCUACUUUUUGCUACAGCACAUAUAUGAAUGAGAUUCUACCAGAUUUUUAAUAGUGUAGAAAAGUAGAAUUUUGUCAAAUAAAUGAAUGGAAUCAAUUUUCUGUUGAUUGGGCAGAGUACAUAACAGUUAUGUACAACUUUCACUGCAAAAUAGAGGGCUUUUAAGAAUGACCUAUUAAAGAAAAACAAAUUCUACAAAUUCUGUUACAAAUCUGCAGCUCCCAGGUUACUCAUCACAGAGCCAAUACUCACGGAUGUCCCACUCAAGAGAUCCCCAAAACAUGAGACAGAAAUCAAAUACACAAGAUUUCAUUCAAGUUUAAUAAUGUGCUUAUGUGUUUUGAAUAUGAAUGUUAAUGAAGUGUCAUGAAAAUUAUUUCCUGAAAAAUUCUUCGAUAAAUUCAAGCCAUUUCUGUUCAGCACCACCUUCUAACAAAGCUAAAAUAUGACAUUGCUCAGCUAAUAACUUGGAAUGAAGAAUUCAUAGACAAGUUAAAGAUACAAAUCUCACCAAAUAUAUUAUUAGCUGCAGAUUACUCAUACCAUCCACAGCACACACGAAAGCCUCAUUCAUUUCAGCUGGCGUUAUGUGUAACAUAUAAAAAACUGUUAAGUCUGUAUGUUAUUCAGGAUGUCUAUAAAGUUGUCAGAAAUUAACUGAAUAAGAAUUUAAAGGAAAACUCUGACCUGAUUUUGCCAUAGGUGUACACAGCACUUUACAACAGUAACAGAGGAAUGAAGAUGCUACCCCAAAAGGUUUGCAGUUUCAUGACAAAUUGUUAGUCUUAUUCACAGAUGCAGCAUUAUCAUUGUGAAAGGAACUACUUGUAAAUAAGGUAAAGCGUACCUGGCCUUCAAGCCACAAGCAGUAGUAGGCGUCUCAAUCAAAUCUACUUCAGAUCGAAAGGUAAAGCUACGCAACAGAUAGCCCAGGAGUUACUGCUAAUCAACAGGAGCUUGUGCAUCCUUCAUAAAUGAAAAUCAGUAAUUUUAUAUAAAAAUACUGAAUCUCUUACAGCAUAAUUAAGAUUUAUCCUUCCCUAGUUGACCUAGUCCUUAUUAAAGUUGCUCUUGCUUCCUGUCAAACUUGGAACUCUAGCUAAACAAGAUUCAACUAAUUGCAUAGAUGAAUAUAUAACACAUACACACACUGAUUGGGCGAAGUUUAGCUUUCCUUACCCAAGCCCCAGAAUAUGCGGUUUAGGAAGGGAAACGAGGGUGGAAUUCAUCCCCAGCCCUCAGGUAAAUCGGACAGAUGGAUGCCGUCCUACCGGGAACACACUGUAAUAAUUUCAACCUACAGGCUGCAAUCACUUCUGCUAUCCCUCUGCACUGUGCAGUUACUUGGGGUUUCUGAAUCCACAACCGAAUGGAUUUGGUGGCCUUACUUCUCCUGCUGACGCUUCUGUGGCCUUUGGUUAGUAACCAAGAGGACAGCAGGGCUCCCAAUCCAGAUACCUCAGGGCUCGAGUAGCAUGGUAGCCUUGAAUUUCUCCUCGUACAAGUAGACUGCAUUAACGACUGGAAGGUACACCUGGAAAAUAGUAUCUGAAAAAAAUGUAUUUCCUGCCAUUUAUAAAUAGAUAGAUCUUCAACAGAAAUGUAAAUGUUCAUCUUGGAACUGAUGUACAUAUUUCUAAGGCAUUUUCUUCUGUCUUCAGCUGUAUAUAUAUGUAGAGUCUGCUUGCUACGUAGCAUUCUGUUAUGCAUGGAGCUGAGUUAGGCAUUAUAUUUGUCCCGUGUUUCAGGAGCCUUAAGCAUGUGUGCCCUAACUUUUGAAUGUACAAGAUUUUUUUUUUCUUUUAUUGUCAAGUGAAUUUAAAAGAACACAACAAAACCCUAAUUUUCUAUUAAUUUUCUCAUACUAGACUUCACUAGCUUGUUACACUUACAUAACAGGUGUAUUAUUUUCUCUUUGCUCAGAAAUUGCAGUAUUGCAACCUGGAGCUAGAAAGGGAGUGAUACAUCUGCUCAUAGGGACAGCUUACUGUCCCUUCCACCCAGUAGCAUUUGUGCCACGUGGGGUACUUUUAACAAACAAGUGUUCGCAUUGGGCUUCCUUUAAUCAAAAGAAAUAUUUAUGUUACUUAAAGGUCAUUUUGUUUCACUAGGCAUGGGACAAAUGACAACUUGGUUAAGACAUGCUGGCUUCUAGUCACUUCAAAAGUAUGACUAUAAUCACAUUUUUAUUCCAACACAUACAUGAACAAAGCACAUUGAGCAAAGAAGCUAGGGGGGAAAUGCCUCUCUUAAGGAGGAAUUUUUCACAAAAGCUUUUUUUUUUUUUUGCUAAAACUGUGAGAGUAUUU